AUGACUCGAUUGAGCCGCCUGCAAUUUCUGGGUGUCGCAGUGGUAUUCCACCUGCUCUGCAUCUGCUCAAUUUUUUAUACUUAUUUUGUCAGCCCCGUCGUCAAUGGCGUGAAUGCCUGCCAUACGUGGAGCUGGGGCAGUAUUGAUAUCCUCCUCAUGUUUGCCGAAGGAGCUGUACCAGGUCGAGUGAAUAAUUUUAUGUACAGCGCAGAAGCUGAGGAUUAUAGCAAGGAUGCUAUGGGAUUGGACACCUGGGUCUUCGACCAGGUAAAACUUUUGUCCAACAGCGCAGAGAAUGACGGAGAGUUGGAGCGAGAACCCAGACAGGACCAAAACGUCUUCUUCCUACACUUGUUUGGCCUGGAUACCUCUGGCAACUCCUACCGGCCAUACUCCCGGGAGUAUCUGCACAAUAUCCAAGUCGUGGACGAGGGAGGUCGUGAAAUAACUGGGCUCAUGGAAACAUUUUUCAGAGAUGACAAGACUGCAAAGUCGGCCACGGGCAAUGCUGGUGGGCACGAUUACUUCUCUACCGACUGGGACCUGAAUCAUAUCCAAAGAAAUGACGUUGCGCAAGCAGACAUUGCUGUCCUGAUGGCAUACCUCGCAGGCAUCCAUUUCCCGGUCAAUUCUGUUGGUAGGCUUCCCUUGGCCUAUGUCAAUGCAGACGACUCUAUUAAAGCAAAGACAAUGCUCAUAAAUUCCCAGGAGAUAAUGGAAACAUAUCUAGUUAAAGAUGACCAAAAGAAGGCCACCAGAAUGCUUGGGCAUAUCCGGAAAGCCAUCAAUGAAGGUGAAUUAAAGAAGGCAAUCAGGGACUGCGACAAUUUGAUGCAACUUUGCUUAGAGGGACUUCGCUACCUACAAACAUAUGACUGGCUUUUUAUUCAAGCUCUUAUAACUGUCGGCUAUUUGGGAUGGAUUGCGUUCUCACUCACCGCAGCACUCGAUCAGUAUGUUCUAAACGGGAAAACGGAAGCUUGCCGCUCGAUCGCAAGCAAGGCUGUCUUAGGUUCAAUCCUUGCUGCGCUUUUCGUAACACUUUAUGUGCGGAAUUCUCCUGCCAGUAUUAUGCGUAUUUCCAUAUUUCCUGUUCUAUUUUGGGAGGAGGUCCUGGCACGCCGGGAGACAUGGAUUGGUAUCACCAAGGUCACUUUAAAACAGGUAUCGGCCAACGAGCUUGUAGAAAGGGGCCUUAGUGUGAUGGCAUCUGGCGUACUGCUGGAGGUGAUUGUCCAAAGUUAUUAUUAUCGGGAAAUCUAUACGCUCGCUUACGUGCUUGCUAUAUACUGGCCUGUAUUAUAUAGCUUUGAAUUCUUUCGAGCAAACUGGAUCAUAUGCUUGAGAUGGGCACUGCUAUGUGCUGCAAUGAGCAAAUUUACGCUUCUCCCUGCAUUGAAAAUGGAAGAUAUCAAUCUAAUCACAAUCGGAGGACUUAUUAUGUUUGUGUUGGGGGCUUGUUACAGUGCAUUUGAGACGAGAAUCGUCGAUGUACGGGCGUCUAGUCGGAUCUCGAGGGUCAUAUUGACAUUUCAGGUUGGAUUACUGCCCUUGGCCAUACUUGUUACGCGCUCCGCAGUGACAUCGUUGCAAUCCAAAACAGGGCCUUCGCUCGGGACGCAGAUGACUGGAUGGCCCAUACUUGUGACCUCCUUCAUAUUGCCGUUGUUGCACUGUCUUCAGUCAGGAGACAGUAACUACUCUCGUCGUUUGGCAAUUGUGUUUUUCGCCUUUGCCCCGAUGUUCAUUAUACUCACCAUCUCUUAUGAAAAGCUCUUCUACUAUCGAAUCCGCCGAUCUCACUCUUAUAUUAUUCCCGAGAAGAAGAUAGCCCAUGAUGGCGAUAAGAACAGAUCUCUCAUAUUCUCCGAUGCAAGAAUUGCUCUAUUCUUCCUUUUUCUACUACACUCCGCCUUUUUGAGUACCGGGAACAUUGCCUCCAUCUCGUUUUCCCUCGAUGCCGUGUUCCGCUUGAUCCCCGUAUUUGAUCCAUUCAGCCAGUCAGCAUUGCUGAUCUUGAAAAUCCUUGCACCUUUUGCCCUCGUCUGCCAAUUUGGGAAUUCUGAUCAAGAAGCUAGUCUCCGCACUGGGGCUCUCUUCACGCUUGUCAUGGGCAUGAGUGACUACUUGACGCUUCGCUUCUUUUGGGCUGUCAAAGAUGAAGGCUCCUGGUUUGAGAUUGGAGAGAGUAUCACAGUCUUUGUCCUGGCUUCCUUGUUAUGUGUCUUCAUUGCUGCUUUGGAAAUGAUUGGUGAGCUAUUUGUUAGGGAAGUUGAAUUUAGAAGGCAAGACGGCGCCUCUACAGAUGCCGAUCCAAAGCAGAAGGUGUCGUGA